AUCCGCAGUUGAGUUCCAGGCAAUAAAGCCGAAAAGGCAUGGGUUCCAAUCUUGCCUGGAGCGAUGACUGAUAUUGAUGAGUUGCGGAUAGAUCGGCAAGACGGCUAUGCUUACACUCUUGAAGCUUUCAUUGAUGAGUACGGUGGCUCUGUCGAGGACCCUCCCUCCGAGUGGUUGGCGGCACCUGCGGCCGCCGCACUCGCCCGGUCUCGCUCCCCGCGGCGUGGCGACGACGCGUCCGAAACGGCAACGUUGACGGAGCUGUGGAAGCAGCGAUCGUGGACUGAGGUGAAGAGCAUUUUGUGUCGACGGUAUGAGUUGGAAGUGCAAGAGGAUGAGGAUCUUUGCAUUGUGUCCGCUCCACAUGAUAGUAGCCUCUGGGCUCGCAGUGACCACUAUCGCCAGGUGCUUCGAGAGAGUCGGGGAAGCGUCUAUGAAAAAUGCAGUGGGAAGUUGCUGUGUCUUCCUUUCUUCAAGUUCUGGAACCAUUCAGAGCGAAAUGCGGAUGACAUUGACUGGAAAACUGCUAUAGCAGAGGAAAAGAUUGAUGGAAAUCUGAUGAAGUUGUUCCACUACAAGGGGGUGUGGCGUUUGGCAAGCAACCGGACUCUUGAUGUUCACAAUACAAGUGGCAAAUAUGCAUGCACUGGUAGAUCCAAUUACGAACUAUUUGCUGAAGCAGCGAGGAACAGUGACCUUGUCUACGACCGUCUGGAUGAAAGAUGCUGUUAUAUGUUUGAACGCGUGCAUCCUGAUUUCCGAGUCGUUUUGGACUAUCCGAAAGCCAUGCUUUAUCAUAUUGGAACGCGCAACAUGGAGACGUUGCAAGAGCUGGAUGUGGAUAUUGGAGUUCAACGACCAAGACGAUGGACGGUUCGCAGUAGAGCAGAGUGUCAAGCAAUCUUGGACUCCUUCCAUAGCUUUGCCGAGGGCAUUGUGGUAAGAGAUGCCAAAUACCACAGGCAGAAAUGGAAACGGCGAGAAUAUGUAAUGCUUCAUUCAGCUCGAAUGUUGGUUGGUGGCGAUGGACCUUGUUAUGCCUGGGUGGCCCGAUGCAGCACCGCGGGCACUCUGGAGAUGGAUCGUUUGUGUCUCAACGUUUGGCUGCGAAGUGAGGAGUCGGAGUUUUCCGUUUACUUUCCUGAGGCUGUCCAAAGGUACAGAGACCUUGCAAAAAUGUUGGAAUCGCCAGGAUUUCUUCAAGGUUUACUUGGUGACAAUGAUUGUACAGCUCGGGAUGAACGUGGCACAUUCAUACAUGAAGCUCAAAUAUGGGAGGAAUUACAAAGAAGACAAAAUAUGAUAUGA